AUACGAAGGAAUUUACAUCUCCUUCAUCAUCAUCGGUUUCUUCUUUUGAUUCCACAAUGAAGCGUUUGCUGCUGCUUGUUGUCCUCUGCAGCCUUUCUCUAUCAAGGUGUGAAUCAAAAGUCGUGCCGUAUGAUUAUUCUGCAACCAUCGAGUGUCUAGAGAUACCUUUAAAACCACAGUACAAUGGAGGAAUCAUCGUCAGCCCUGACGUACGAGAUGGCACCCUAGGCUGGACACCAUUCGGAAACGCGAAAGUCGAUUUCAGAAAAAUUGGAAACCAUAAUUUUUUUGUUGCACGAGACAGGAAACAACCUUUUGAUAGUGUCUCACAGAAGGUUUAUUUGGAAAAGGGACUUCUCUACACUUUCUCUGCUUGGUUACAAGUAAGUAAAGGAAAGGCUCCUGUGAAAGCAGUUUUCAAGAAGAAUGGUGAAUAUAAGCUUGCUGGUUCGGUUGUUGCUGAAUCCAAAUGCUGGUCCAUGCUUAAGGGUGGUCUCACUGUUGAUGAAUCUGGUCCUGCCGAACUCUAUUUUGAGAGUGAAGACACAACUGUUGAGAUUUGGGUUGAUAGCGUCUCGUUGCAACCAUUCACGCAAGAAGAGUGGAACUCUCACCAUGAACAAAGCAUUCAGAAGGAGAGAAAGAGAACCGUGAGAAUCAGAGCCGUGAACAGCAAAGGCGAGCCAAUACCGAAAGCAACCAUUUCCAUUGAACAGAGGAAACUCGGAUUCCCAUUCGGGUGCGAGGUAGAAAAGAACAUUCUUGGGAACAAAGCAUACCAAAACUGGUUCACUCAAAGAUUUACAGUGACAACUUUCGCGAACGAGAUGAAAUGGUACAGCACAGAAGUUGUAAGAGGCAAAGAGGACUAUUCAACGGCUGACGCGAUGUUGCGAUUCUUCAAGCAGCAUGGGGUUGCUGUACGUGGCCACAAUAUUUUAUGGAAUGAUCCUAAGUACCAACCUAAAUGGGUGAAUGCUCUGUCUGGUAACGACCUCUACAACGCUGUGAAACGAAGGGUUUUCUCGGUGGUCUCACGAUACAAAGGCCAGCUUGCGGGUUGGGACGUUGUGAAUGAGAAUCUCCAUUUCUCCUACUUUGAGGACAAGAUGGGUCCUAAAGCCUCAUAUAACAUCUUUAAGAUGGCGCAAGCUUUUGAUCCUACGACAACCAUGUUUAUGAAUGAAUACAAUACGUUAGAGGAAUCAAGCGAUUCAGAUUCUAGUCUAGCAAGGUAUUUACAGAAGCUUAGGGAGAUUAGAUCUAUCCGAGUUUGUGGUAACAUAUCUCUAGGGAUCGGUCUCGAGUCUCAUUUCAAGACUCCUAACAUUCCGUACAUGAGAUCAGCUCUUGACACUCUUGCCGCUACUGGUUUGCCUAUAUGGCUUACUGAGGUUGACGUCGAAGCUCCUCCAAAUGUCCAAGCCAAGUAUUUUGAGCAGGUCCUAAGGGAAGGCCACGCACAUCCGCAAGUGAAAGGAAUAGUGACGUGGUCAGGUUAUUCUCCAUCAGGUUGCUACCGAAUGUGCCUAACCGAUGGAAACUUCAAGAACGUACCCACUGGUGACGUUGUGGACAAACUUCUCCAUGAAUGGGGAGGCUUCCGCAGACAAACCACAGGUGUCACUGAUGCUGAUGGAUACUUUGAAGCUUCUCUCUUCCAUGGUGACUACGAUCUCAAGAUUGCUCAUCCUCUCACCAAUUCAAAAGCUUCUCACAGCUUUAAGCUGACUUCUGAUGUCUCUUCCUCACAGAAUCAACCAUCUUCUUUUGUCUUUCGUGUUUAAGAAGCCAAGUAUAAAACUACUUUAUAAUUGAGCUAGCUAGUUUGAUUCUUUAGUCAAGAAUGGUGGCAAAUAGUCUGUUUUGUUAUUAUUCUAGACAUGGUACAUAUUUAUAGCCGUAUCUCUGGAAACCACCAAAGGCUUUAUCAUGAGCACCAAUUUGUUGGGUUCUCAAAUGUUUAAGCCUCUGUAUUGUAAUGACUUUUAUCAAUAACAUUGAAUUUAACUUUCUCUAAC